AUGAGUAAAGCCUACGAUAGAGUUGAAUGGGUUUUCUUGAAAGAAGUGAAGAUGCGGAUGGGAUUUGCGAAGGAAUGGGUGGCAUUAGUAAUGAGAUGUAUUUCUACAGUCUCUUAUGUUGUGACCACAAAUGGGAGGAGCGGUAGAGUUUUCAAACCAACUAGAGGACUCCGACAAGGUGACCCACUUAGCCCUUUUAUUUUUCUUAUUUGCAGUGAAGGUUUAUCGUCCUUAAUCAGGAAUGCCACAAGAGAGGGGUUGAUUAAAGGGGUGAGAGCAAGCAGAAGAGGCCCAAUGAUCUCACACUUGUUAUUUGCAGAUGAUUGCAUUUUGUUUGGUGAAGCCACCGAAAGGAGUGUAAGGAACCUAAAAGCUAUUUUGCAAGAGUAUGAGGCCUGUUCUGGUCAAUAUGUUUAUUUUUAUAAGUCUAUGAUUUUCUUUAGUUCGAAUUUGGUAGAGGGUGAUAAACGAAGUAUAUCGGCUAAAAUGGGAAUAAGGUGUUCGACUAACAUGGAGAAAUAUCUAGGACUGCCAAACAUAGUAGGUCGGAAGAAAAAGGAAUCUUUUCAGAAUCUCAAAGACAGUAUUAAGAAUAGAAUUAAAAAUUGGAACACCCGUUUCUUAUCUCAAGGGGGCAGAGAGGUUUUCGUCAAAUCAGUACUUCAAGCAAUUCCUACUUAUGCAAUGACAUGUUUUCUACUACCAAAUUCACUUUGUGGUGAGUUUGAUAAUUUAUUUGUUGGAUUUUGA